GGCCAGAGCACACUCAUGGCGCCUUCUUUAAGAAGCCCACUUACCACCCUUUCGAACUCCAGCACCAGCCCAGGACCGCCCAGGAUUACACCCAACCAUGCAGCAGACGAAUGGCGAUGUCGAGAUGGGCGACCAGACCGGACAGCACCCCGAGCUCCCCGCCGACAUCCUCGGCGAGAUCUUCACCCUCGCGCUGCCCGAAGAGUGGGAGGAGCACUGCGCAGGCCGAGUACGUCUCCCGUUCGCACAGGUAUGCCGCUUCUGGCGUGCCACGGCAUUGGGGAUGUCGACGCUGUGGAACAGAAUCGUCGUUCGCCUCGGCGACGACGACGAGGCGAGCCCACCCAACAUCUGGGGCCACGCUGUAGCAGCGUAUGUUGAAAGAUCGGGAGACGCCAACCUGCAUAUCAUCAUCGACCUCAGCGCCCGCGACACCGGCCGGGUCACCGACGACUUCCCCUCUUUCGACUAUGGCUGGCAAGCGCUCUGCAAUCACUCCCACCGCUGGGAGACGGUGAAGCUGAACGCCGUUCCCCUAGACGCAUUCGUCGUUCCACCAGACGCAUUCGACACCGUCGCCCAACUUCCAUUCUCCACACUCACAUCCCUCACCUGGCACUUUGCUGCACGACCAGCCACAAGCGGCAACGGGGCUUACGACAUACCCACGACUUUCUUUGCGCACGCACCGCUCUUGCAGUGUGUGGAAAUUGGCUAUGUCACCCGCCCGCUGAUCCUGCAGCUGCCACAUACGUGGCGACCACGACGCCUGAGCAUCUGGGCAGGAGGUCGGCGAGGGAGGACAGCAGCUGGUCAGCUCGGACGUGUUUAUAGUCCCGUUCUUCCAGACGACGCACCAUACCCUUCGAUCUACGCCAGCAUGCCUGCUCUCUUUGGCGCCAGCCCCUGGUUGCAAGAACUCGAGCUUUCUGCCGCUGUGGUGGACCCUUCGGCGUUGUUAGACGAUAGACCCACCACGUUCCCUGCACUCACUUGGCUGAGGUUGCUCGACGAUGCGUGCGAGGUGUCGAGAAUGUUCGUAGCGCCACAGUUGCAGCAGGCCAUCCUCGAAGCGGAUGGUAGCGACGACCCCACAUAUUGGAAUCCCCCGGUGCACUCGCACCCUCUGAAGGCUUUCGCGUCUUUGCUCACGCGUCCGGGAGGUUGCACUCAGCUUCGAUCACUUUACCUGUCCCCUCAGCGCUUCGAGCGCGUCCGCCACCUGCUCACGUGCCUCGAGAGCGUCCCAGCUCUGGAGGAGCUCGUGAUCGAUACGGCGGACAACGAUGAUUAUCCAAGAGGCAUCCUCCGCUUUGAAGUCGUACAGGCUCUGACCCGCCGCGCGGACGAUGACCGAUCUAUGGCGCUCCUGCCGUCUCUUACCCUGCUUACGCUUGAAUUCGAGAUGUGCAUGAUCAUGCCGUUUUCUGCGGACGAUUCGCCGGAGGGAGUGGCAUAUUCUCCGCUGCCGCUGUAUCGCGCUGUAUGGCGCAUGCUUGCGUCCAGACGGAUGAGGCGAGUCCAUCAUGGUGUUGCGCUGCGGCCUCUGCGAGCAUUUUCGACCAACAGCUGGCACCUACCAGGCGAUCGUUGCGCUCCGUGGCCCCUUCCAAGCCAUGCAUUCGGACAGAUGCAGUCGCUCCUGACAGCGACCGGUGAUCCCGUUUGGCCCGAUGCGGCCGACGCUGAGCUGGCCAAGAUACUGAACGAGACUGAUGAGUACGUCGGAAUCCCCAUGGAGCCCGAUUUUGAGGACACGGAUGCAGAAGAGGACGACGAGGAAGAGGAAGAGGAGGAGGAGGAGGAGGAUAGUGAAUGAUUGAGAUCGCAGAAAGGAAAUCCGGUUAGCUCGGCUAGAAAUCGGUAAACCUACAGUAGUAAUCGCUGGUAAUCGUCUCAAUGUACCGCAGACCAUCCUAUUUGACGCGCAAAUGCUUGCUAAGACUGUC